AUGAAACCUCGAAUUCCAAUUUCUCCCUCGGCAUCAGUCCGCCGUCUCGACCUAGGAUUUCUCAAGCUGGGCACCUUUUGGAUGCUUCAAGUUGGUAACAUCAUCCAGAGCUUUGGAUACUUCCUCCCAACAACUUAUCUUCCAACAUAUUCAACAAGUACAAUCGGGCUGUCCCCGACUAUGGGCACUAUGCUCGUUUCGCUCUUCAACGCCACCUCUGUCUUCGGUGGCAUUACACUCGGAAUUCUUUGUGACCGCUUCGCUGUCACUAAUAUUCUACUCCUCUCAUCGCUAGGAUCGGCGUUGUCUGUCUUCCUUUUCUGGGGGAUGGCAUCAUCUUCAGAUGAUGGUUCGUCUCAGACAGCCUUAGCAUUGCUCACGGUCUUUUCGAUAUUUUAUGGUUUCUUCGCCGGCGGAUUUAGCUCUACCUGGUCGGGCAUCAUCACAAAAAUCAGAGAUGAUUCUUCUUCCUCGAUGGAAACGGGGUUGGUAUUUGGUCUGCUUGCUGGAGGCAGAGGAAUUGGAAAUGUCAUCAGCGGGCCUCUCAGUUCCGUAUUGAUUCAACAGGGUUCAAUCGGUGACUCUCGUGAUCAAGUUUCUAGAUCGGGAUUUGGAACUCAAUAUGGUGCCCUUAUUUUGUUUACUGGAAUCACGGCACUUCUUGGUGCAUGGGGCUGGAUGUGGCGGUACAUCAGCCCUGCGAUGCGUUGCUCUAUACCAGAUCACGUGAGCAACCGAGCUUCACCUCGAGUCCGCCGCAACGAACAACUUCGGAAUCGCAAUCUCCCUUCCAUUUCCAUCAGCCCGAUUGAAGCCUCUUUCAGGCCAGCCGGACCACCAAUACCAACUAUGGCCGCGGUCGAUCCUGCUCUGCAGGACCCUCUCCUCUCACUUCGGCGCGCUAUCGCCUCCGGCAGCCUCCCAACCCCGACGACCUCUUCGGAGCUCACCAACGAGCAAGCCACAGAGGAUCUAGCCCAAGCAACACACCUAUUCUUCUCGCAACCCUCUCCACAAGUCAUCGCCCUUUCAACACCGACGCGAUUCGUCUCCGCAUCCACCAGCUCCCCCGUCGACCUGCGCAGCAUCUUUUUCGCGUGGCAGAAGAAAGACGUCGCUAUUCCCGAAUAUAUCGCAUCGGCGCAGGAACUCAAUGAAGCUCUCAAGUCAAAGGAAGGCGAUGACACACAGGUCCAGAUCCUGGUCUUCGUCGAGCGACUGGAUCUCCUCACCUGGCUAGAAGGCGCCGACGCUACGAGCGAAUAUAUCAAGCCUUUGGAAGGCGCUGCCGCCGCCGCAGAAGCAGCCGUCGCCGCAGGUGCCGUUCAAUCGGAUGCUGCGGCUGGAAUUGCCUCCGGGGCUACUGGGGGCAUCUCAUCAGUCCCCAGUGGACCCGUCGGAGCCGUAACGACAGGAGCUCACGGAAGUCGCGCACAAAAGACAAUCGACCCCCGACUACAGGAGAUCUACAACGGCGAACGAAAGACCGGAGAUCGAAACACAGUCCUACGAGGAAUCAAACCAACCGACUUCUCGCACGUCCGGAAAAGCGCCGAGCUCUUCCUCGACCGAAACCGCAAUCGCCCCGGCCAAGCAGGCGUAAAGCCAGGCAGCAAGAACUCCGCACUGGUGCCGGCGCCGUCAGCGGGCCUCUCCAUGCCAUCGCGCAAGCCCAGCUCCCGCCCCGACCCCAUCAUCCUCCUCUCCCCAUCCGCCUCAUCUCUCAUCCGCAUGUCGAAUAUCAAAUCCUUCCUCGGCGAAGGAAUCUUCGUCCCACCCGACCACCCAACGCUCAGCAUGUCGACCGAUGCCAAUUUCAUGGAGAUCAAGCGUCCGCUCCGCAUCAAGUCGGACCCCUCCAAUCCAAACGCUACCUCGAUCGGUUCGCACGGCGGUGGCCGCGGCCCCAAGCCAACUAAAUUCAUCCUCGUCGACGGCACGACUAACUUCAAGCCGGAGUACUGGUCGCGGCUGGUGGCUGUUUUCACAACGGGCCAGACCUGGCAGUUCAAGUCUUAUAAGUGGUCUUCGCCGCCGGAGCUGUUCAAGCAUGCGACGGGUAUCCAUGUUGGCUGGCGAGGCGAGGAGAUCCCUGCGUCCGUGAAGGGAUGGGGCCGUGGCGUGAAUAGUUUCGCUGUUGAGCGGUGGGAUGAGAAGGGUGGGAUUCAGGGUUCAGGGCGCUGGAGAGAUCGCGAGGUUGUGGAGGGUAUUUGGACGGCUAUUGAGGAGGGAAUGAAGCUUCGUGGUUGGGGAUCCAAGUAA